UUGAGUGAAAAGCAGGCAGAAGAAGAUCAGACACGCACGCCGAAAGUUGCUGCGUCUCAUAUGUGAUUCCUCUUCGACGAGUGUUGAUUGAAAUUUUCUUUCUGCCAUUUAGCAGAAAAGAUUUGAGAAGUGAACGGUUUUUAAAAAGAUUCAAAACGGCGUCUAAAACAGAUAUGAGUAGCUACGGUCGGCCUCCGCCAAGGAUCGACGGGAUGAUUUCGCUCAAGGUUGAUAAUUUGACCUAUCGGACAACUCCGGACGAUUUGCGGCGCGUGUUCGAACGUUGCGGUGAAGUAGGUGACAUCUACAUUCCUCGUGACCGCCAUACGCGCGAAAGCCGUGGUUUUGCAUUUGUCAGAUUCUUCGACAAACGUGACGCCCAAGAUGCUCUGGACGCCAUGGACGGACGCAUGUUGGAUGGCAGGGAGUUGCGUGUCCAGAUGGCUCGCUAUGGCCGGCCAACUUCGCCCCAGCGUGGAGGUGGCGGCGGCGGUGGUCGACGAUAUGGUGGAGGACGCGAACGGGGUCGUUCCCGUGAUCGCCAUCGUCGUCGUUCCCGCUCGCCAGAUCGUCCCCGUGGUGGAGUCCGUCGGUCAUACUCCCGAUCACGAUCACGCUCCCGGGACCGAUCCCGUUCCGGAAGCAAAUCAUCCCGUGGUAAGGAGUCCAGAUCCCGCAGCCCCCUGGAUCGGGCCACACAUUACUAAGGCCCUACAAUUUCUACGGGCCCCCCGAUUGCAGAAAGUUAGGACCGUAAAAUAUGAUCCAGCCAAAACAAACGCAGCGAAAACAUUAUAUAACCCGUUUAGAGUGAACGUAUGCGUUUAAUUAACGUAAUUUUACUACUCUCAGCGACAAAACUUAUUUAAAACCAAACAAACCAGAAUGCAGACGACAAACAAAUGGUGUGGAUUGAUUUAUAGUAAGUGCGAAAAGAAGGGCAGCAACCGGAAGGAACUACGAUGAUUGUGACGACAACGACUAUGGGAAACCACUCAUAAAGUCAGCAGAUAAGACCCUAUCUCCCACCACAACAAUCUUCGCCUAUUCCGAACAAACUUGACACGGAAACCCAACAUCAUCGACGGUAUCUCCCGGAAGCCCUACUCUUGAAUGCAACAAAUACAUUACUUCAACAGACGGUAAGUCUGAAUGGAUUAACUUUUGAAAAUGAAAAUUUUUCUCACCUAAUUAUCGGACACAAAUUUAAUUUUACUUCAUUAAAACAAUUUUAAUUAUAAGCCACAAUGCAUAUAAAAAAGAAUGAAAUAAAUGGUAAUACAAUUCCCCUUACGUCUUAGUCGCCAGAAACAA